GACCGCGCGUUUUAGGGAUACGGAGAGGGAGUCUGCUGGAGUUGGUCUUAGAAAGUAGGUCGGCGUCGGCCUGCUUCCAGUUUACCGCAGCGGGGCGACUGACGCGCCUCCGACGACACGCCAGGUCCGGCAUCCAUGGGCGCCGCGGCGGCCGACCUCGAGGCGCGUCAGCUCCGCAUCCUCGGCCGUAUUUCUGACCUCGAGCUCGCCGCGCAGCAGCACCGCCUCGGGGCGCUCUCCAUCUCCACCGCGCCCUCAGAGAAAGGCGAGGCCGACGCGGGGGCUACCGAGGUUCAUCUCGCAGCCCUCCUGGCCGCGCGCGGCGUGCGGGACUUCGCCUUCCGUCGCGUUCCCGCCGACUACUACGACCGCUCCCUCGAGGAGCGGCGCGACCUGCUCCGAGCCGACUCAGUCGCCCAGCUCUGCAAGAGUAUCGUCAUGGUGAACACCCAAGCUGCUGCAGAUGUUGUUGAUUGCAGUAAUCCAAAGAAUUCAAAAUACUAUGUCGUUGUUGUUCAGUAUAUGGCACGGCUUAACGCUGAAAACAUCAAGAACUUCCUGUAUGAACUAAAUGAGAAGCAAAUACCGAAAAAGAGAUUUAACAUGAGGUUGGCACCAGAAGAGGAGUCACACAAGCUUACUGGGUUUGUGCAUAACGCUGUCACUUGCAUCGGGAUGGAAACAAACAUACCGGUCAUCAUAGAUGAAGCUAUCACCAAAUUGGAUGAGGAUUUCUUCUGGUUGGGUGGCGGAGAAGUUGACCUCAAGCUCGGGAUGCGAACCUCACAAUUCUUAAGUGUCUUUAGUCCAUUCGUGGUGAAAUGCAGCUGAUGAUAGCCGUGCAGCCUAAGAGAAGCUUCUGAUUCAUUUAUUUCUACCGAGCCUCCAUGCAUCCAUCACAUGGAGGUACACCACAAUACUAGGAGGUUUUGCUUGGAUCUGGGGUUUGGAUGUCUGUCUUUUUUGGAGCAGGCUAUUCCUGUUCAGUUGCUCGCCUCACAUUAUUUACAGCUGAUUGUUGUUACGACUGAUGUGGUGGAGGGGACAUUCUUGGGAAGAUUGAGAUAUUUGCCACAACUAGGCAUAUACAAUAAUACUCUCUGUAGUUUGUGCCUAAAAUUAGCACUGGUUACUUGUGUAAUCAACGAGACUCUUACUUUCAUCGAAAGGAUGACACUAUGAGUUGGUGCGAUUUUCUUUUAUUUUUUUCAAACACUACACAAUGUCAUACCCUUAGAAGGGUCGGUGACACAUUUAUAGCCCUAAGAGCAACUCCAAUCAUGAGUCCCCUAGUUGGGCCCUAUAAUUUAAGUUAGCUACCUGUUCUAUUUGUUUAGGGUCCAAAUACAAUUGUUGAUUCCUACCGUGGACCCUAAAAUAGCUUACAUUUGUAAUCAACCCAUAUUCCCCUGUACGUAGAUCCUCUGUUCUGUGCCACUCCGAACGCCAUUCCUGCGCAGACUGUUUUUUGCGCCGCCGCUAAUUCCAGGUGGUGUUCCGGCGCUCAUCCAGUAGAAGCCGCCAUUCCUGCGCAGACUGUUUUUUGCAUCGACCAGGAUUGCUGCCUUCAUUUCAGGAUGGUGUAUGGAAGUAGGAGAUCAAAAAGGCACCAAGAAGAUGAUGAGAUUGAUGAUGACCUUCAGCACAUUGGUUUUUAUGCUAGGUGAAUACCGGAAGAGGAAGAAUGAAGAUCAACGUAAAAAGCGUCGAGGUUUGGUUUUUGGACAUGAGGUAUAUGAUCGUAGUAGAGGAGAGCAUGAUUUAAAAUUAUUCAAUGACUACUUUGCUGAGCGUCCAACAUAUCCUGGGAAGUAUUUCCGACGACGCUUUCGGAUGAGUCAUCCUCUUUUCUUGCGGAUAGCUGAAGCUGUUAAACAACAUGAUCACUAUUUUGCUCAGAAAAAAAAAUGCUGUCGGUGCUCUUGGGUUUUCUUGUCUUCAAAAGGUGACUGCAGCUUUUAGACAGCUUGCUUAUGGUGUUCCAGCAGAUUACGUUGACGAGUAUUUGUGGAUUGGAGAAAGCACGACUAUCGAGAGCCUACGAAAAUUUGUCAGGGCAGUGUGUGAGGUUUUUGGACCAGAGUAUUUGAGACCUCCAAAUGAAAAUGAUAUAGCUAGGUUGCUUACUAUUGGUGAACAACGUGGAUUUCCUGGAAUGAUUGGUAGUGUCGAUUGUAUGCAUUGGAAGUGGAAAAAUUGUCCUACAACUUAUCAAGGCAUGUAUUGUGGUCAUGUGAAAGAACCAACUAUUGUACUAGAGGCUGUGGCGUCUACCGAUUUAUGGAUAUGGCAUGCAUUCUUUGGUCUACCGGGGUCUUUCAAUGAUAUUAAUGUCUUGCACAGAUUCCAUCUUUUUGAUAGACUUGCUCAAGGGGAAGCCCCAUCAGUUAACUAUACAAUUAACGGACACAAUUAUGACAAGGGCUACUAUUUAGCAGAUGGGAUCUAUCCUAAUUGGUCAACCUUUGUGAAAACAAUUAAGGCACCAGCAAAUUUGAAGGACAAACUAUUCAGCAGCUCAGGAAUCCCAGCGAAAAGAUGUUGAACGUGCAUUUGGCGUAUUGCAAGCUCGCUUUGCCAUUGUUCGAGGUCCAGCUAGGUUCUGGGAUAAAGCAACACUUACGGACAUUAUGAAUGCUUGCAUAAUAAUGCACAAUAUGAUAAUAGAAGAUGAACACGACAAAUGUCGUGUUGAGCCACCUUAUGACAAGAGUGAUGCUAAGACAAGGGGCUGCGUUUCUCAGGAAGGGACUUCGAAUUUUUCAUCGUUUGUUGACAAGCAUAAAGAAAUCCGAGAUCCUCACAUUCACAAUCAACUACAACGGGACCUAGUGGAACAUCUAUGGGAGCGUCAAGGUCAACGUACUGGGCAGCAGUAGUUUGGAACCAUACUUGUUUAUCGGUUAUCUUGUUUUUCUUUGAAUAAUUUGUGCUGUUAUCUGUGAUGUCGUACUAUUUUCAUUUUAGUUAAUUACCUCUUGUUUCAGAUUAAUCUAUGCUGUAAAGACUGUUUCAGAAAGAUGGUUUUCUCUAUCGAAGUUUUUAUCUUUCA